CUCGCGCUUGGCCGCCUCGGCCUUCCCCUACAAUAAAAGGAGACGCGAGGUGCCUCGCUCUCUCCAACUCAUCGUCCACGCAACUAGGACGUCUCGUGCUACUGCUCGAUCGCCCCGGUUCCCCCGCGAUCCCGAUCGAUCGACGACCCUCUAGCUAGCGCGGAGUGCGCACGUAGCAGCGACCGCCGCCGACGACGACGCCCAUGGCGGCGGAGAGGCAGCAGCAGGUCUCAGGCGGCGGCGCGGCGUCGCCGAUGUGCGCCAACGGCUGCCCCUUCUUCGGGAGUGCCGCGACCAAGAACAUGUGUUCCAAGUGCUACAAGCAACACGUGAUGGAUACCGCCGCCCCGCCCGUCGCCGAGAAGAAGGCCGAGGUGGAGGAGAGCGGCUCAUCAUCCGCGGCGCCCGUCAUGUGCGCCAACGGGUGCAGCUUCUUCGGCUCCGCGGCGACCAAGAACCUGUGCUCCAGCUGCUACCGGGACUCCCUCAAGGCUGCCGACGCCAGCGGCCUCGCCGUGGCCGAGAAGGUCCAUGUCGCGCCCGACCAGCCGGCGCCCGAGGCCUCCGCCGCGGCCUCCUCUAGCGCGGCGCCGGCGGCGAAGCCGGCGCGGAGCAGGUGCGCGUCGUGCAACAAGAAGGUCGGGCUGCUGGGGUUCGUCUGCCGCUGCGGCGACACGUUCUGCGGGCUGCACCGCUACACCGACGAGCACGCCUGCGGCUUCGACUUCAAGACGGCCGGCCGCGAGCAGAUCGCCAAGAAGAACCCGCUCGUCGUGGCGCCCAAGAUCAACAAGAUCUGAUGCAGACGGAGACGACGAAGAGCAGUCCGCGGGUCAGAUGGAGACGACGAGUAGUGCAAGGCUGGGUAGCUAGUGAUGAUAGUUUUCUCUUAGCUUCCAUGUUCUAGAAGUUAAAACCAUUCCCGCUAUCCUCCAA